GAGCCCGGAGUUGCCAUGGUUCGUUGUCCCCUCGGGGCCUCGUCGGUGAAGUUCAUGUUGUCUCGGAGAUCGAUCCUGCUUCAUGUUGAUGUGGAGGGAUAAAGUGCUAGAUGCGAGGCUUGGGAUGGGGGAGAACCUCCUCUCCGGAGCUGAUACCUGAUAUUGAUAUAUACUCAUUUAUUCCUCCGCGGCUGAAGUGCCUGUAUCUGAGUGAGUGCCAGCGUGCCCUCGGUGCCAAUGGUAUGUAUGUAUUUUACUUGGGGCUCAGCUCAUGUGGUGUAACACGCCGCCCUCGGCCUUACCACAUUCUCCAAGAGGUUUGCAGUUUUGGGGCUGAAGAACACGGAGCUUGUCUCGAGCACAACACAACCAACUUACUGCGCAUGUACACCAGUCGACGUCCAUCAUCGACGGUGGACGCACUUCUUUUCUCCGUGGACGACGACCUUCAGUCGCUGGUGUUUCCGCCUUCCAUUACCUGGACGACGGGAAGCUGGUUUCCAGCUCAAAGCCGUAGCCCGCAGCCUCGCGCUAGGGUUUGUUUAGCCAAAGUGGUACGAGUACUGUACUUUGGGUCAAUUGUUGAUUGCCAUCGUCGUCGUCAUCGUCGUGUUGGAGGGAAUUCUAGGUCAACCGCUCUGAUUUAAAUGGCGUUGUCGUCGUUGUUGUUUUGGGACGGGUUUGAUGAACCCCGUUUCAGGCCUGAAACAUGCGGCCCUGGCAGUCUCGAACCCCCAAAAAGUUGCAGCGGCGAGUUUCAAAAAUAGCCGCCCAGACUCGGGCCUUGGCGCUUUCAUUCGCAGAGCUUCAGCAUCGAUUCGCUUCUCUAUCAUCUUCAUGGUCUGUGUACGGAUAACUA